AGAAGCAGCGAUAAAGAGAGGGAGAGCACGAACAUUCAGCAAGACAACAGGAGAUACGCGUGGGAACAGCAGCCCACAGGAAAAGCAGAGCUAGAGACGUAGCAGGGGGAGCCAGUGGGUCUGUCUGUGUGUGUGUGUGUGAGAGAGAGAGAGAGAGAGAGAGAGCGAGACAGCUCGGUGUGUUUCCACGGUUCUCCUGAGACCGUGGCAGCCAUGGCGUCAGAACCCAGCACCCAGUCCAGGGUGAUGUUCCAGGCAGUGGACAAAACGGAGGAGCCGGCGCACCGCAAGCUGGGCAAGCUGACAGUCAAGUACAACCGCAAGGACCUGCAGAGGAGGCUGGAUAUCGAGGAGUGGAUCGACGGGCAGCUGCACCUGCUGUUUGACUGUGAGGAGGAGGAGAUUCCAGAGUUAGAGAUUGACAUUGAUGAGCUCCUGGAGCUGACAGACGAGGGGCAGAGAACCCGGCUGCAGGAGUUGUUGCAGGAAUGCGGAAAGCCAAAAGAGGAUUUUAUCAACGGGCUGCUCUACAGGAUAAAAGGUCUACGCAAAAUGUCAGGUCCCUUGAAGAAAUAAUUAUAGGUCAAAUAAAGAAUUGAGACAAUGUGGAGCCUCUUAUCUUCCCAUGCAUUAACUGUUUGGAUGCCUGUAUGUGCGGUCCACAUGUCAGUGGGACUCUCUGUUUCUGCCCUCUGCCCCUUCCUGGGUCAGCAUCAGUCCAGAGCAGUCGAGGUUCUGAAUGGGAUUUUUAUUAUUAUUAUUACUAUUUCACUUUAAUUUAUAGACUGCUAUAACAUUUUGUCCCAUAAACAUACCAACAAUGCACAUGUGAUAAAGGUUGUAUUGACUAUUACUCAGACGGACUUUUUUUUUGUGCAAGACUGUACAUUUUCGGUUGCCUAUUUAUGUACAUAAAACAUUUUUGUUCUGAUAACAGUGUUGUAUGUCGAAAUAAAAUGGAACAUUUUCAAGACAAGGCUGUUGAUGAACUGUCAAAAAGGGUUACAGCUGAUUUUCAACAACGCGACUGACCAACAGUAUGGUAUCAUCAGGUAUUAUUCCUCCCAUGUAUACAAAUAUUGACAUGUCCAUUACGCCCAUCAGUUUACAGUACCAAUUAAACUAUCCUGUUAACACACUUGUCCAUUAUUACUGCUAUAAAACACUUAUUUGCUCAUAAAGAAUGAUUAUGUCCUAAAGUCCAAAAGACAAGACU